CCGGGACCCGGAAAAACAUGGCCACCCCGAGCCGGCCUAUCCGGAAACUGGCUCGAAGAAGACAGGGAUUGGCCAUCACUUCCGGAAGUUGUGAGCUCUGUUUCCGAGCGGGAGAUCUUCUGAGACGCGCUGGGGGCCGGAUGAAUCCUGCUUAUCUGUGAAAUGCAGUUAACAUAUCAGCUGGACCUGUUUCCCGAAUGCAGGGUAACCCUUCUGUUAUUUAAAGAUGUAAAAAAUGCUGGAGACUUGAGAAGAAAGGCCAUGGAAGGCACCAUCGAUGGAUCACUGAUAAAUCCUACAGUGAUUGUCGAUCCAUUUCAGAUACUUGUGGCAGCAAACAAAGCAGUUCACCUCUACAAACUGGGAAAAAUGAAGACAAGAACUCUAUCUACUGAAAUUAUUUUCAACCUUUCCCCAAAUAACAAUAUUUCAGAGGCUUUGAAAAAAUUUGGUAUCUCAGCAAGUGACACCUCAAUUCUAAUUGUUUACAUUGAAGAGGGAGAAAAACAAAUAAAUCAAGAAUACCUAAUAUCUCAAGUAGAAGGUCAUCAGGUUUCUCUGAAAAGUCUUCCUGAGAUAACAAAUAUUACAGAAGUCCAAAAGAUAUAUAAACUCUCUUCACAAGAAGAAAGUAUUGGGACAUUAUUGGAUGGUAUCAUUUGUAGAAUGUCAACAAAAGAUGUUUUGUGAAAUAUCAGAAAUAUUAACAAAACUCAGCAUUAAAGAAAACAUUGAGUUUUCUUCCCUGA